AUGUCUUCACAGCGACAGGAGGUGGACUCGGCCGCUGUUACGCUCGCUGCCUUGAUGAGCGACUUUUCUCUCGAGGUGCAGGAGUGCGUCGCAAAUUCCCUCAUCAACGGAGUCCAUGCCAAGAAGAAGAAUCACUUGCUGGGCUUACCAGCUGAGCUUCGGAACGCCAUCUACGGGUAUGCGCUCGUCAAGCAAGAACCGGUCAAGGUGUAUGCCCGCACCACCCAGCAGCCGGCGCUGCUUCAAGUCUCCCGUCAGAUGCGCGAUGAAGCCAGCAGCAUCUACUACCAGGACAAUGAGUUCGAACUCGUGGUUAUGGACUACAACGGCGCCGCCUUCGCGCCGUUCUACAGCAUCAUCAAGCGCCGCGAAUAUAAAGUUACGCAGGCUGUCUCCAGCCAUCGUCCAGACUGGAAGAAUCUUGUCGCCUGGAUGAGCGCUGCGUACCACGACAGGGCGUGGGGUGUUGAGCAAAAUGUCGCUGGGGGUUGUGCGUAUCCCACGAUGCCCAGAGACUACCUUGCUGCCGCCGCCAUCUUCACCGCUCAGUUUCGGGUCAUGAUGCAUCUCCCAUGGGCACAAGUGGAGACCAUCAUCCAGGCAAUGCGUCCUGUGCUGAUCCUUCUGGACUGGCGUUGGGAGCUGGACGACUAG